AUUUCAUUGUUAUGAUGAAUGAAGAAUGGCGGACGUUGUCAUAUUGGGAUACUUGUUCACAUUUUUACUUAUAAAUACUUGUAGUGGCGUUCCUGGAGUGGAUGUGCCGCAUGACGAUGGCACGGCUCCCAGCACCCAGCCUCCGGACAACCGCCUGGACAACCGGAUAUCGAUGGAUCACAUGAUGGUGCACCACCCUCGGUUCAAAUGCCAUCAGUGCGAGUCGUCGGAGUGCGCCGAAGGGUCCACCCGCGUGUGUCGCGAAGCCCUAUACUGCUACAAGGCGUCGGUGCGCGCGACGGACGGCUUCCUAGAGCAGACGCGCGGGUGCUCCACUUCUAGUGACCACUACCAGUUUAUAUGUCGCACCAGCCGCCCGCAGCAAGGCAAGCGUCACGCGGGCCAGCUGAACAUCACGUGCUGCCAGGGCGACCUGUGCAACGACGGCAGCUUCCCCGCGCUGCCGCCAGACGCCGCCGUGGAGCCGCUGGCCGGCGGCGCCUGGAAGCUGUGGGCCAGUGUGGGCGCUUCCGUGCUGGCCGUCAGCGCUAUCGGCGCUAUGGCCAUCUUCGUGCUGAGGAGGAGUCACAGAAUAGUCUUCCAGAGCAUGGACAGCAGCGCCUGGAAGCUGUGGGCCAGUGUGGGAGCUUCCGUGCUGGCCGUCAGCGCCAUCGGCGCUAUGGCCAUCUUUGUACUGAGGAGGAGUCACAGAAUAGUCUUCCAGAGCAUGAACAGCAGCGCCUGGAAGCUGUGGGCCAGUGUGGGAGCUUCCGUGCUGGCCGUCAGCGCUAUCGGAGCUAUGGCCAUCUUCGUGCUGAGGAGGAGUCACAGUAGCUUUGGAGCCGCUGGCCUCAAGUGUAUAUCAAAGCUGUGGGCCAGUGUGGGAGCUUCCGUGCUGGCCGUCAGCGCUAUCGGCGCUAUGGCCAUCUUCGUGCUGAGGAGGAGUCACAGUAGCUUUGGAGCCGCUGGCCUCAAGUGUAUAUCAAAGCUGUGGGCCAGUGUGGGAGCUUCCGUGCUGGCCGUCAGCGCUAUCGGCGCUAUGGCCAUCUUCGUGCUGAGGAGGAGCCACAGAUUGCGCGUGUCUCGGGCGGCACUGCACAAGCUGGGAGCUGACUCCAACUACUUCUCAAGCAACGUCUACAGUCCGCAAGUCACCAGUGCUUACUAUGAAGGCGUGGACGGAUCUCAGAACGGCGGCGGGCUCCGCGCGGUGGCAGCCGGCGACUCCACGCUUCGGGAGUACCUGGAGUGCUCCGUGAGCUCGGGCUCCGGCUCCGGCCUGCCGCUCAUGGUGCAGCGGACGCUCGCCAAGCAGGUCACGCUGCUCGACUGCGUCGGCAAGGGCCGCUACGGUGAAGUGUGGCGCGGUUCGUGGUACGCAGACAGCGUGGCGGUGAAGAUAUUCUUCUCCCGCGACGAGGCUUCCUGGCGAAGAGAGACAGAGAUUUAUAGCACGGUUUUGUUACGACAUGACCAUAUACUGGCGUAUGUGGGCAGCGAUAUGACCAGUCGAGGGAGUUGCACGCAAUUGUGGCUGAUAACGCAUUUCCACCCGCUGGGUUCUCUGUACGAGCACUUAACCCGCUGUACGCUGACGCGCCACCAAAUGAUGGUGAUGUGCCUGUCUGCCAUCAACGGGCUGUUACACUUGCACACGGAAAUACACGGCACACAGGGUAAACCAGCGAUCGCCCACCGAGACAUCAAGUCCAAGAACAUCCUUGUGAAGGUCAACGGCGAGUGCUGCAUCGCCGACCUCGGGCUCGCCGUCACGCGCCAGCACAUCGCCACGCAACAGCACCACCACUCGCGGCAGGGCACCAAGCGGUAUAUGAGCCCGGAAUUGCUCGAGCAGAGCAUAAACCUGGAAUGCUUCGAGUCGUUCCUCAAAUGCGACAUAUACGCGUUCGCGCUCGUCCUUUGGGAAGUGUGCCGACGCGUGCGGCCCGCCCACGAGUACCGCCCGCCCUACUGGGAGCUUGCGCCGUCGGAUCCAAGCUUUGACGACAUGCGCAAGAUCGUGUGUACUGAUGCUGCCCGCCCUACGCCGCCUGCCGACGACCACCCGUACCGCCCGCCCUACUGGGAGCUUGCGCCGUCGGAUCCAAGCUUUGACGACAUGCGCAAGAUCGUGUGUACUGACGCCGCCCGCCCCACGCCGCCUGCCGACGACCACCCGCACCGAAGUAUCGCCGGCCUAGCCCGCCUACGAGUACCGCCCGCCCACGAGUACCGCCCGCCCUACUGGGAGCUGGCGCCGUCGGAUCCAAGCUUUGACGACAUGCGCAAGAUCGUGUGCACUGACGCCGCCCGCCCCACGCCGCCUGCUGAUGACCACCCGACAAUGGUAGGCAUGGCGAACCUUAUGCGCGAAUGUUGGCACGCGUCCGCCUCAGUGCGGCUGCCGGCGCUGCGCGUCAAGAAGACGCUGCUCAAGCUCGCCGCCGCCGACCCCGCCGUGCGUCUGCCCGCCGCCGGCGAGGACGCGGUAUAAUGGACUUUAAAUUGUGAGCUAGAGAGACUAUAAUUGAUUGUAGAUUUUGAUAAAGUAGACCGGUGUAUAGCGCAGUCACUCUCAACCUUGCGCAGUGAGUGGCAGAGACUGUUUUUGAUUGUAACGUGUACUGUAACAAAUGAGUGACGCUGUAAUGACUUUCAAACUUAAUGUGUGAGCGGUAGAGAUUGUUUUUGAUAGUGUAAGCGGCGGGGACUAUUUUUUAAUGUAACAUACUUUGGUAAAAAUAGACUGUUGUUUUGCGAGGUAAAAGUGUGAUUCUCAACUUUAUACUGUGAGACGCUUAAACAGUUUUAGAAUGAAUUUUAAAAUCUAAAGCAGACUGUUUUCGCGGUCGCUGUUUGACUCAACCAUCUUCUGUAAGCUGUGGAGACCAUUUUUGUUUGUAACGUAUUCCAACAAGAUCGGUGUGAUUCAAUCUUAAACUGUGUAGUUUCUAAAUAUAGCAUUAUUCCGCCAUAUUUGAUGCGUGCGCGACUCUCAUCUGUCUGUAAUGUCAUAAUCCGACUGUUCGUUUCUUGAUCCGGCGCCGUUGUUGUGCGACUCUCGACCUUGUUUUGUAAGUAGUAGAGACUUUUUUAAUUUCAUAACCCGUUGACUGUUCGUUUCUUGAUCCGGCGCCGUUGUUGUGCGACUCUCGACCUUGUUUUGUAAGUAGUAGAGACCAUUUUAAUGUCAUAAUCCGUUGACUGUUCGUUCCUUGAUCCGGCGCCGUUGUUGUGCGACUCUCGACCUUGUUUAGUGAGCGAUAGAGCCCAUUCUUGCGCUCGUGUUGGCACGCGUCCGCUUCAGUACGGUUGCCGGCGCUGCGCGUCAAGAAGACGCUGCUCAAGCUCGCCGCCGCCGACCCCGCCGUGCGUCUGCCUGCCGCCGGCGAAGACGCGGUAUAAUGGACCUUAUGUAGUAAGCAAGAGAGACUAUAAUUGAUUGUAGAAGAUUUUGAUAAAGUAGACCGGUCAACCAGUGUAUAGCGCAGUCACUCUCAACCUUGCGCAGUGAGCAGCAGAGACUGUUUUUGUAUGUAGCAUAUUUUGGAUUUUUCUCCCGCGGCUCUGUCGUCGAAGAGGACGCCGUGUGAUUCUCAACCGUAACUAGUGAGUGUUAG